AUGCCCGGAAGUGGCGGGCGGGUGUGGGAUGAAUGGCGCAUUGAGACAUUGGUCGACCACGAUCACUCCUACCUAUCAUCUCGAAUCCUCGACGCCGACAGGAAACCCAGUGAAACAGGUCAGCGGAUUCCUUUUAUAGGCAAUAUGCAACCAGUUAAGCAUUCAGUCAUGGACGCUCCUUUGGAAGGAGAAUAUGUUUCCUUUGAACACUCUCUUAUGGCUCUACCAACAGAGCUGCAUUUACAAAUCUCCUCGUAUCUGUCCUAUCCCGACGCUUUGGCGCUCAAACACACCUGUCGUCAUUUCUACUAUCUUGUAUAUACCGGCGUUCAUCUCAAAGUCGACUGGCUGGUCGAGCGUUUUGAGCGCAAGCUCGAGUGUCCUAUGGAGAAAUGCUCCUUUCGGACAGACGAGUCGUUUUGCAAUUCAAGAAUCAGGGGAAUCAUGGAACGCCGACGACGACAUUUGGAGUGUCCUCGAAGAAGAGGAGGAUGUCUCGUCAUCGAAGGGAGGACGUGUCAGAAGGACCUCGUUCCGAUCUGGCUGAAGAGACAGGGCCGGGUGAAAUUUUUGAAACAUGCGGGCAAGGAAGGUCUGUUGGCAGUCCCGUGCCCUUUGUGA